GGACCACCCGGCCGGGUGGUCCGUAAGUCCGGUGCGGACCUAAGGAUUAGUAUUUGAAAGGAAAAAUUGUAAAGUUUUUCUCAAAUAAUCUUUUAUUUCGAACCCAGCAAGAGCCUAGUACCUUGUUCGAUCUGUAUCGUACCUACCGUUAUCCCUAUCGCUGGUGUAAAGAGCUACUGUACUCUAUCUUCGUUUGAUUUUGAGCAAUCCUUUGUGACCACGAAGAUGAACCUUCGACGGACGAAAAUGGUGACAACAACUACGGAACAGCUCCAAAAAGGCGAGACAAGCGACCUUCCUACAGCGACAACAGAGUUUAUACGAGACAUCUGCCGCGAAAUUUUCCCCGCUGAGAGUGCGGAGAAACGUGCGGCCGAGGUGCGACUAGUUUUGAGCCGCCUGCAGCUGGUACGGAAUCGCGCAGAUUUUUCGUGGACCAGCUAUGCAAUCUCGUUCGAGGGUGAGUUUAAGUGGAAAGAGACGAAACUUGUGCAGGACAUGUGCCAGGGGGUCGACGAAAAGUGGCACCCUCUGGGCGACAGAUGCUACGACGACUUCGGUGGGUUUCUGAGCUUUGUCGACAACAUUUUCUUCAAGCACUUGUUUGGGAAUAGAGCCUUCGGAACGGAUGAGGAAACAUAUCGGCCCAUCAGGAAGUACCUAAAGCAGCAAGCAGGCCGCGUGACCGUCAGCAAGCGGACGCUCGGCGCCUACGCCACCGUGUUCAUUGCCUUGAUGAUUCGGGAGGUUUGCCCUGACCUAAUAGAAAAAAUAAGCGACAUAGAAGAGCAGGUCGAAGAAUUGUCGACGCUGUCAGACUCAGUGUGCACGUUUCCUACUGGAAAAGGGACUAAGGCGCCGAGCCGUUGUGCGUCUGAUGCAGAGGAGCUUCGCGAGGAGGAAGAAUGCUUGAACUCCGAAGGACCUCUCUCCUCCUCGAGGCAGGUCCAGAAGGGGGGAAAGGAGUUGUAUGCAGAUUUCGUUGGCUUUCUAGUGCCACUGCUACGUUACGUGCCCUGCGAGAAACCGCAGAAAUCGCAGAGCAGGUGGAAAAGGCAGAGCAUGGCGGAAAUCGCAGAGCAGGUGGAAAAAUGGUUAGCGACGUGCACGUGGUUCCCGACAGAAAAUAAAGGGGCGAAGGCACUCAUUCGCGGGGCGCUCGACAAGGUUUUUGACAAACACAAAGAGGGCAGUGACAGAAGCGAGCAAUGGUCCUCGGAGCAUCCCCACGAGCAAGAACCAUUAACGCCGCUAGAAAAAGACCUUCACUUCUUUCUCGAAAUCCAGGCAAGCUUGGAGUGUUCUUUUGGAGAACUUACAGAUCUCGCGCAGAGCUUGCACGGCCAUCUUCUUGAACAUCAGUUGGAUCCGAUUGCGAAGCAGUUUGUCGCAUUGUGGAAGAUUUUCAAGGAUCGUACGGGGCAAAUCACGUGUUUUAACUGGCGUGCAGCAACAGCAGCUUCGAGUCAACCUCGAAAGCUCCAAAGCGAAUGGCAGAGGUGGCCACCAUUGCAGUCUGUAGAAGAAGUUGAACGCGAACUCAAUAGCGCACUAGGAGCGACGACGCCCCACGAGAAUGUCACAAAGUUCUUGGGCGCUUAUUCCCUAUCCGCGGAUCGUUUCAUGCGCUUCGUCAACACUGCUAUCCUGGAAGAAAUUCUAUUGCGUUGGCUCGAAAGGACCCGUAAGAAUUUGGUUUUUCCAGUGCCCGAAGUGCUUCGCAGGUUCAUCAUUUUCAUGAGGGAUACUAAUACUCGGCAAAUACAGCAUCUUUUGAUGUAUGACGAGUAAUGUUGUAAGAACAUCAAAUUAUGGGCUAUACGAGCCAAGGGAAGUAUGAGUGGUUUUGACAUUCAUAUCUAUCAUGAUGGGCAAGAAAAUAUGAAACGCUGUAGGACAAUAGAGAUUUCCUGUUUCUGUUUCUCUAUACAU